ACGCUCGUCGCAGCGGUCGGGAGCUGCGUCAUCUCCUGGUGAGUUGAAAAGUGAAGUCACGGCGAUGUCUCGAAAGAAACACGCCAAAGACAAAACAGAGAAGUCGAACGCCGAAGAUGAGAAACACACAGGACACACUCCAUGUGAAGCGUUGCCCGCCCAGACCUUUGAUGAGUAUCAGUGCUCGGGCGACGUGGAGAUUGACUUCCCGGGGCUUUGUGCUCUUCUGGACAUAAAGGACGUCCCAGCGGUCAGCGUUGAGCAACCAGCCCCCUCCUCCUCCUCCUCCUCCUCCUCCCCCUCCUCCUCCUCCGCCGUAACCGAGAGACGGGACGCGGCCGACUGCCGGGCCCAGGUCCCUGCGGCGUCUACCUGGACCAAGCGCUGCCUCCGAGUGGAGCUGGAGGACGAAGACCCCCUCGGUGCCAAGAGCGUGACGGUGUCUGGAUGGAGGGUAGAUGAGCAGAUCGUCAGAGUGCUGCAGAAGAUGCUGUCCUCCCUCAGCCAGCUGCAGAGCCUCCAGUUCUGGCAGGCGGGACUGACAGGUCGCAUGGUGGUCUCCCUCAUGGACACAGUGUCACUGUGCUCCAACCUCAGGGUUGUGACAUUAGAUGGUAACCCGGAUCUGCCAGAUCAGAGCUACCACUGUCUUCUCUCUGAAGACAGCAACCUCACUCACUUGUCUCUGCGGAAUAACCGGAUAGGAGACGACAUCGCUCGUCUGAUCGGCUCUUCUCUCUCAACGACCAGAUCUUCUAACAAGAACCUGUUGUCGCUCAACCUGGCGUUCAACUCUAUCGGCGAUGCAGGUGCCGCUCAUAUUGCACAGGGCCUGCGGCUGAAUCGCGCUCUGCUCUUCCUCUCGCUGGCCAACAAUCAGAUCGGAGACUCGGGAGCGGCUCACCUGGCUGCGAUACUUGGCGACUUUGCUCUCACCCACGACGAGGUUGUGGAGAGGAGGAGGCUGCUCCUGGAGAGGACGCACUGUUCACCUCGAACAGUCGAUCUGGACCAGGCGCCUGCUGCUGAACCACUCCCCUCAGUCCCCAGCAGCACUUCGCUGAUCGUCAGGAAAGGCUCCUCCAAAAGAAAGGAGGCGCCCAAACGAGCCGAGAAGCACGCUGCCAACAAAGAGAGCCUCAAGUCCAACAAGAAGUCCUCUGAUGUGAAGACACCUCAGAGUAAAGUUGGGAAGCCGGCAGACAAAGAGAAACAAAUAACUGCACUGACGGUUCAGUCGAAUACGUCCCUGAAUGAGCUUCAGGUGGAGUCGGUGGGGACAGGGCGCCCCCUGCUGGACCAGUCGCUGCAGUACAGGGACGGACGGUUGUUUCUGCCUGGGAACUCCACCCUCGCCUCCCUCAACCUGACAGGAAACAGAAUCACAGAGAAGUCGCUGCCUCUGUUCUUGAGCUCACUGGAGAUGCAGGGUGACGGAGGAGGCCUGCUGCGUCUCCGUCUGCAGAGAAACCACUUCCCGCCAGAGUGUGAGUCCCAUGUGACGAUAAAGGAACUGAUGGCACUCAGACAUAAACCCGGUUGUGAAGAGACAGAAGAGGAGGGACAGGGUGAAAAGUCCUGAGAAAAACUGACAUGCAGGGUUGGGUAGUAACGGAUUGUGAAGGAUUACAUGAUUCAAUUUUAAUAAUGUAUUUAAAAUAUGGCAAUUUUAAAAUCAUAAUUAAUUUUUAAAAAUAUAUAUAAUAACCAAUGCUAUUGACUGACCCACUUGACGUCUCUACUCAUUUCCGUAUAUUUGUUAAUACCAUCAUCUGUUUGUAAGGCUAAUUUUAUUUUAUUGUAGCGUAUAACAACAAUACAUCAUUGUAUACAUCAACAAUAUAUGACUGUGUGCAUUACUUCUUUGCCAUGUUUUUCACAUUUUUUUUAUGCUUCAUAGAUAAUGAUGGUGAAAGAUUUUUGCCCACUCUGUAAAUAAAAAACAAUCUCUGACA